CUUUUAUUUCGCUCUUCGUCUUCAGUCCAUUCAAUCAAUUCGCAAGCUGCGGUCGUUUUUGUGAUAAGUUUUCUAGUCACUUAGAAGGGUAACGGGAAUUUAUCUCCGUCACAGAACAUUGAAAUGUAAACAGUGCUGUUUUUGUUGUAACGAAGUAUUUUUAUUAAUAUUUUUUUUACGAUAAUUAUGGAUUCAAGAGUACGAGCUUUAUUUCUAUCAACAUUAAUACUUUUACAAACUGGAAUUUGCAUCAACAAAGUGCAACGUUAUAACACCAAUAUAGAUUUUUUACUUCAUGAAGCCGGUGGAGUAACAAGUGCUCCAAAACGGGAUUAUUCAGCAGAAUUCCCAUCAUUAAAACCGUCAUCAACAACACAACAGCAAUCAAGAACAACACAAGGCUUGAAUAUCGUGACUGGAACCACACCAAAACCCCAAUCGCCAAAGAGGGAUUAUGUUGCGCCGCAACAGCCAACAACAAAACACGAUCAAAAAACAACAUCACCCCAACAAAACAUUACACCCAGUCCAGCUACACAUUCAGGACCUACUGUUAAACCAACAUUAUCACCAAAAAGAGAUUACGUCGCCCCACAGUUUCCAACCCUAAAACCACCUCAACAAAAUAAUAGACAAACAGGAAACGUAAAGGAUCUCAUUAAUUUCUACGAUAACUUUAACAACAAUAAUAAUAAUGCUCGGAAACCGAGUUACAGUUCUAUUUUGCAAGGAUCUAGUGUCGGAACAACGGUUAAGCCGUCUAUAACACCAAAGGUACCAAGUUUCAGUUCCGUUGUCGGCGGGUCAACAAAAGCGUCUAGUCCAACACCAACGCCGGUCCACAAACCAACAGUUCCGAAUAGUGGAAAAAAUACACCGGGAACAGUUCCAGUUCUACCAAGUACGAUAAUAAACAACAAAAAUCAAGGCAGCUCCUCGACUAUCGCUACUGACGCCGAAUUACAAGCAAUUAGCGAAGAACUACUGAAAAAAGAUACGAAUAAUGCAGCCAGACACGUUACAAUCAACUUUCAAGAGAAAACCUCUUCUAGUACCAAAGAAGAUAAAGCACCGCAACCAUUACUCACCGUAGCAUCCGAAGCUUGGAAUAUUCCAACUAUUCAAAAGUUUUUGCCACUUUUGGAUAAUUACGAAAGAGAUACCUUGGUUAACGAAUAUGUGACGUCACAGGAAAGAACAGAAGAAAAUGCAUUCAUUGAUGCUAUCAUGUCUACAACCGUUAUCCGGCAUUUAAUGAAUUUCCUCAAAGAAAAAGGGAAAGUCCCUCCUGAUCCAGCAAAACAGCGGGAUUUCUUAAAGCAACUAUGGUUUGGUUUAUACUCCAGAGGAAAAGGGAAAAUCAGCAGUUCCGGUUUUGAACAUGUUUUUGUGUCUGAGCUGAAAAAUGGAGAAGUAUCAGGUUUACACAAUUGGAUAUACUUUUCGAAAGAAGAAGCCGCAAAUCGUGUGAAUUACUUAGGAUAUUUGAAAUACGUUCAACUAAAUGAUAAAGGAGUGGUUAUCAAAUUACAUUUUAACCAACAAGGGGUGGAUAAGCCAGUAGAUUCAAUGUUCAUCGGCACUUCACCAGAAUUGGAAAUUGCGCUGUAUACUCUUUGCUUCGUCACCCGCGAGGGAGACGACUGCAGACUGAAGCUCGCCAACCAAGAUGUCAACAUACUGACACAUAACUUUAGAUAUAGAAGCAAAAAUUACAUAGGCAGUGCCUUCCCUCAGAUUUAAGUACUUACACUUGUUUAUACUUACUACAUAUAAGUACAUUCUGAUAAAACCACUGAACAAGUUAAAAUAAACUAUGGUUUGUAAAUUACGAUUUUUAUUCUAAAAAGUUAUGUUUUGUUAACAAUCAAUAAAUAGUCCAAAAUC